ACUGCGCAGGCGCAACGACCGCAGUUGGCAUGAUAAUUGGAACCAGUCGGUCUCUGAGCUGGAGCUUCGGUCUGGGCACCAAUUAAGAGAAUGGAACCGGUUCGCGAUCGAAGCUAGACUUAGCCAGCUAGUUGGCAUUGUAUAUUUCAUGCAGCUCGUUAACUUUCACUUUGGUUACAAGGGGCGGAGACCAAGGCAAAAACAAAUCACCGAAGAAGGAUCAGGAUCUGAACGAGAUCGAACGCCAGGGAUCAGGAUCGGGAGUCCGAACAUCGGGAGUGAUGUGAACAACGAAGCCCAAAACAAAUGGCAUCCAAGUACGAGCGAAUAUUGAGUGAUUGCAGGGCGAAGAACGUGUUGUGGGAAGACCCCGAUUUCCCCGCCGUUCAGUCGUCAGUAUUUUACUACCAAACACCUCCCUUCACCUUCCAAUGGAAGAGGAUCAAGGAUCUGGCGGAUAAUGGUUCCGGAUCGGGAUCGGGAUCGGGUGCGUUAUCUGGCUCUGGAUCUGGAUCUGGUGCUGUUUUCCUCAACGAGGCAGCUGAGUUCGAUGUGGUGCCUGGUAAGAUGGGCGAUCGCUGGCUGGUCUCCUGCUUGGGUCUGCUCAGCUCCCUGAGGAAUCUCUUCUAUCGAGUGGUGCCCGCCGAUCAGACCCUGGAUAACGCCCACGGGGUCUUCCGAUUCCGUUUGUGGUGGUGCGGCGAAUGGGUGGAGGUCCUCGUGGACGACCGAUUGCCGACGAUCAAUGGGCGAUUGGCCUUCAUGCAGCCACAGGCAUCGAAUUGCUUUUGGGCCGCUCUGCUCGAGAAGGCCAUUGCCAAGCUGCACGGAUCCUACGAGGCGCUCAAGUACGGCACACGUUCCGACGGCCUCACCGAUCUCCUCGGCGGCGUCGUCCGGCAAAUGCCCAUCCUGGUGGACACCAUACGGCCGCAGACGCUCAAGGACCUGCUGACCACCACCUGCAUCGUGACCUGUUUGGCCGACAAGGGAGCCUCCGUGGCCAAGAAGAACGUGGCCGAGAGGAUGCCCAAUGGAAUACUGGUGAACGUUAACUACAGACUUUCCAGCCUGGACAAGGUGAAGACCCUGAUGGGCGACUCGGUGCAGCUGGUGUGCCUGAAGGACACGUUCUCCAGCAAGCCGUUCGGCGAGAAGACGCACUUUCUCGGCGACUGGUCGCCGAUGGCGAAGACCUGGGAGCGGGUGUCCCAGGUGGAGAGGGCGCGGCUGAUCCGCCAGCUGGGUCCCGGCGAGUUCUGGAUGUCCUUCUGCGACUUCGUCGAGAUCUUCACCACCAUGGAGGUGGUCUACCUGGACACGGAGACGUCCAACGACGAGGAGAUGCUCAAGAGCCGCCCGCUCCACUGGAAGAUGAAGAUGCACCAGGGUCAGUGGAAGAGGGGCGUCACUGCCGGCGGCUGUCGCAACCACGAGUCCUUUCACAUCAAUCCGCAGCUGCUGAUCGCCGUCCAGGAUCGCCAGGACCUGGUGGUGGCCCUCAACCAGCACACGGCGGUGGAACCAAAGGUCAUCGGCUUUACGAUGUACACCUGGGACGGCGACUACCUGCUGAGCGAGUGCCUGCAAAAGGACUUCUUCAAGAACCACGUGAGCUUCCUCAACUCGGACUACGGCAAUACGCGGCAUGUCAGCUAUCACACGAAUCUGGAGCCGGGUCACUACGUCCUCAUACCCACAACCUAUGAGCCCGCGGAGGAGGCGCACUUCACCGUUCGCAUCCUGGGAACGGGCGCCUUCCGGCUGUCCUGUCUGGAGACGCAGACCAUGAUCCUGCUGGAUCCCUUUCCGGCGCUCAAGAGCUCCGAGAGUGGCGAACGCUGCGGCGGCCAGAAGGUGAAGAGCGUUUGCCAAUACGAACCGAUUUACAUGCAGCUGGCGGACGAGAACAAGACCAUCAACUGCUUCGAAUUGCACGAGCUGCUGGAGGCCUGUCUGCCCAACGAUUACAUCAAGGGUUGCGCCAACAUUGAUAUCUGCCGGCAGGUUAUAGCUCUGCAGGAUCGAACCGGCAGCGGUCGCAUCACCUUCCAGCAGUUCAAGACAUUCAUGGUGAACCUGAAGGCCUGGCAGGGCGUUUUCAAGAUGUACACAAAGGAGAAGGCCGGCAUAUUGAGGGCCGAACGGUUGCGAGACGCCCUCUGCGACAUUGGAUUCCAGCUCAGCUCGGACAUAAUGAACUGCCUGAUCCAGAGGUAUAUCCGCAAGGACGGCACCCUCAGGCUAAGCGACUUUGUCUCGGCCGUCAUCCACCUGACCACUGCCUUCAAUCAGUUCCACCUGAAGAACUACAGCCAGGUGAACGUCAUCGAGGUGCAUCUGCACGACUGGAUCAAGAGCAUCCUCAGCUGCUGAAUGGGUCCGAAUGGACGAUUAACUUAUACAUAGAUGGUUUCAAGCCCUUCCAACUUCUUUCACCAAUCUUUUACCUUUUUUUACAUGCUAAUUGUAAUUUAAUUUUACGACUGGAUAACGAGAUUACUGAACUGCCGAUCGAUCGCCCAUUUCGCUUGAUUAACUUUCAACUAAGACUAAGACUCCUUUUAAAUAUGAGUUAAUAGUGAGAUCGCGGAGCUACUAAAUUCGAUUGGUAUAUACGGUUUAAAACUGUCUAAGGAAUUUGUUUCUUUUUUUACUACUAACUUGGCUUGUUUCACAAGCUAUCUUCUAAACCAUGUUAACUUCUUUUAGGCCCUAAGAAUUUUUUACAAUUGAAUAUAUAGUUGAAUCUUAA